AUGGAACGUCGGACUCCCACUCAUCCGUUCUAUCCCAUCGACGCGCUCAUCGAGGACUACGCGCCCAAUGAGGCUCCGUUGCUCACUAUCCUGGCCACUGCCAGCCUAGGCGUGACAGCCUUGCUGGGUGCUACCUGGACACUGACCGGCUUCAAACGACCGAAAAUACAAACCCGAGACCGAAUUGCCAUUCUGUGGUUUGCCCUCUCGGGAUGUAUCCAUUGCUUCUUCGAAGGUUACUUCAUGGUCCAUCAUGACCACAUGGCAUCCGCUCAAGACUUCUUUGGGCAGCUCUGGAAAGAAUAUGCCUUAUCGGACUCGCGGUACAUGACUUCCGACACACUUGUUCUUUGUAUGGAGACCAUCACCGUGAUGGUCUGGGGCCCGUUGUGCUUUUUAGUCGCAUAUCUGACCGCGACUCAACACUCUUUGCGCCAUCCCUUUCAGAUCAUUGUCUGCAUGAGCCACCUCUACGGCGACAGUCUCUAUUAUGCCACGAGCCUCUUCGAUCAUUACGUGCAUGGGAUUGCCUAUUGUCGCCCGGAAGCCUUCUAUUUCUGGGUCUAUUACUUUUUCAUGAACUUCAUUUGGAUCGUGGUUCCAUUCUGUUACCUCUAUCAGAGCAUACGAGCGAUAUCAGCAGCCUUCGACGCCUUGAAAGAACGUUCGCAGCGACACAAAGAGCGAUGA